CACGUAAUCAAUAAUUGCCAUCACUCAAAUCCAACUUCCUAUAUAAUGUACACAAAUGAAGUAGCUAGUCCAAGGAAAGACAAAUACGAGUACACUCCAAAUCUCCUACUAAUUAACAAAGGGGGAAAAAAAAAUGGAUGUUGAGAAAAUCUUUCACAUGAAAGGUGGACAUGAUGAGACUAGCUACUCCAAAAACUCCUCCCUUCAGAAAAAGGCCUCGGAUAUGGUGAAACACAUAACAAUGAAGGCAAUUCAAGAAGUAUACUUAAACACAACUCCAGAAAUCCUAACCAUAGCAGACUUGGGCUGCUCAUCGGGCCGGAACUCGUUAUCAAUGAUCAGAGAUUUGUAUCGUGCGGUGCAGGAUGCAUACCGGAAAAGUCAAAUCAACGGUCCAAAAUCAGCACCCUCAAUUUCAGUUUAUCUGAAUGAUUUACCAACAAAUGACUUCAAUUCCAUCUUCAGGGCAUUGCCAGAUUUCUUGAAAGAUGAUAGUAUGUUUGAACAGGGGCAUUUUAGUCCAUCUCUAUUUGUUGCAGCCUCACCUGGCUCCUUUUAUGAUCCUAUCUUUCCUCCCAACUUUUUGCACUUCGUUUACUCUUCUUACAGUUUGCACUGGCUUUCCAAGGUCCCCCCUAAGAUUUAUGAUGAGCAUGGGGAAUCCAUGAACAAAGAUUGCAUCUACAUAUGUGAAAGUAGUCCUCCUACAAUAAUCGAAGCGUAUGCUCAACAAUUCCAAGAAGAUUUCUCGCGAUUUUUGAAGCUUCGAUCUCAAGAACUAACCACAGGAGGAAGAAUGGUGUUAGUCUUUCUAGGAAGAGAGAGUCCUAACCACAUUGAUAGAGGCAACUCAUUUCUUUGGGAGCUUCUCACUCGAUCCUUCGCCUUUUUAAUUUCUAAGGGACAAGUUGAUGAGGAAAAGUUGGAUUCAUAUGAUAUACACUUUUAUGCACCUUCCAAAGGAGAAAUAGAAGAGGAAGUGAAAAUAGAAGGGUCUUUUAAAAUGGAAAAUUUGGAGAUGUUUCAAAUAGAAACAGAGGUUGAAAAAAAUGGGGUUAGCUAUGGAAUGGCGGUGGCGAGUACAGUGAGAGCUAUACAAGAAUCAAUGAUCAGCCAUCAUUUUGGUGAUGAAAUUCUUGAUUCCUUGUUUAAUAAGUAUGCUCAACUUCUUGAUGAAGAAAUGUCUACGCAAGAAAUUAGGCCCAUUACUUUUCUUCUUGUUCUUACCAAAUUAUGAUACUCCAUUGUAAUUAAUUAAUUACCAACUUAAAAGAAGUAUUUGGCGAUGUAUUGUGAUAAUCUUACUCUUUAAGUGGUAAUUCGUUAGGGUUUUUUUUAUUUAUUAUUUUUUUAUUUUUUAUUUUUUUUUAUGUGCAAAAUGACCUUAUAAUUUACUUGUACUGUUGUACACCCGAUAACUCAAAUAAACUUAUUUCAUAUUUGGAUGGAAA